GGAGGUCAGAAAAGAAGCAGAAACCAUGGGCUCUUGUAUUCUUUCUUCAGAAGAAUUUGAAUUAUUAGAAGAACUCAUUGAAGUUCUUUCCCCUUUUGAUGAAGCCACUCAAUUUUUAAGCAGAUCGAAGUAUCCAACACUGGGUUUCAUGACACCAAUUUUGGAAGAACUUGCUUGUCAGCUUAGAUAUUUUAUUAGACAAAAUAGUAUGGCAAUUCUUGUUAAAGAUACAAUUUUAGACAAUUUAAUUGCAUGGUGA